AUGCGUCAGGACAUCCGACAAUGUCCGGUCACGCGCCAGAACCGCAACGUACCCCCGCCUUCUGUAGAGCCCGAGCCUGACACGGCCAACGGACAGCCUCGUCGCCGGAUCGCUGUUGCUUGUGCUAGAUGCAGGAAAAGAAAGAUUCGCUGUAGCGGCGACCCCGGAAACAACACCGGCUGCCAGAACUGUCGGGCGGCUGGGGCCGACAUCAACCAGUGUCAGUUCAACAGAGUUGGCUCCUUUGCGCCGACGGGUCCUGUUUACAACUACCCUAACGCAGUGGCGUCCAGCCCAAACUUGCCUUUGACCAACAGUUACCACGGCUCGACGGGAAGCUAUCCGCCGCACGACAAGGGAAUCUUGAUGGCAAGAGCAUACCAACCUUACAGCGCCGUUGCUUAUAGCGACGAUUCUCCGAUCGAGUCUUACGGAUACCAGACUCCAGCACCACUGCCAGCCAACGAUGUCUUUGGAUCUUUCUUCGGAGCUCCGGAUACUCUCCGCCAGUGGAACACGAUGGACCAGAAGCCGGCGCCUACAAGUAACGGUAUGUGUCUGGACCAGGCCAACCAAGGCUCGUACAGCAGUGCGCAGCUGCCAUACUUGAGUACGCCUGUUACCCGCCAACCGGCUGUUACUACCGAUAGCAUGGCGGCAUUUAGUAUGAACUCGCUGCAGUCCUCGCUCAUGCCUGCGAUGACGUCUAUUCCUUCAAGCCUUGAGACUCGACACCUGCCGGUUCCUACGGCGACAAGAAUGCCAUCUCAGAUUCAGACCGAACUUCCACUUCGGACACUAGCCUCUUCGGGAACACCCAGCGGUAGUGGAAUUGGCAUCAACGGCAGCUACACGAAGGCGGCGAUGGUGUGGAACCUCGACAACAAUACGCAAGACGGACGUCAGAGUUCGAGUAACGGUCACAGCAGCGAGCUGAUGCCCGCGCCGUCUCUCAAAUCGUCGACUUCCUCGAUGCAAGACCCCAACGUCGUGAGCUACAUACCGAUCACGACAGCGAGCCCAGACAGCUCGAGCAGCUCCGGCUCCGGCACCGUGUACACGCCGGCCUCGAAUACAUACACGCCGGGCUCAGUGCCGCUAGACGAGAAGUUCCCGAGCGGGGUGCGCACGCCGCCACCGACGGAGCCGCCGACAAGCAGCAGCGCCGUGCGCGAAGACGCCCAGUCCAGCCUCCUGUCCCGCUCCGACUCGUCCUCCAACCUCUACGCGUACAGCGCCGCGGGCUCGAGCAAGCGCGGCGCCGGCUCCAGCGCCGAGCAGGCCCAGACGGACGGUGCGCUCGUCAGCGGCCAGCGCUAUGCCCCGCUCUCGCAGCCCCAGCCCCAGCAUAACAUCAGCAUUGAGAGCUUGCGCCGCAGCUCGUUUGAGGAUGCCCGCCGCCGCAAUAGUGUCGGCCGCUUGUGA